AUGGACGUCUCAUUGUCAAGCAUCUCGAGCAACAUUGAACCCCCUAGGCAAGAAGACAAUUCGAUACGCGCCAGACACUCGGGUCAAAACCACAUGCAUGUUUUGAUUGCCGCGCGCGACCAAUGUACCGAUUCUAGACCAGUAUUUCUCAAAGAAUCUCAAAUGCCUCAAGGCAUUCACAUCCAACCCAACGUCUUACGACUCCCAAAAUCGGCUCAACAAUGGACCCCUGGACCAGUCUAG